AUAUCAGGUAAAGAAAUAGAAUGUCACGCACGUGACGCAUUUCAAGGAAUAAUUAAAAAACAUCUUAGUUAGACAAUGGCAUGUAGGGGUGUGCAUUAUUCGGUCCGGACCCGGACCGUCCCCAAUUUGAUUACAGAUUGCGGGUUACGGAGUAAAAUUUUUUACUUUUUGAAAUCAUUUUAUUUACAAAUUGGUAUAUCAAUAAAAUAUAAAAAUUAGAUAUUAAAAAUCUACGUCAAAAGUUUUACAAAACAAGAGGUGACAAGAAUAUUUUAUUUUAUCAAAUACUUAAUGAAACCGCGUAAACAAACAAAAAUUAUCGAGAGGAAAGAGAAAAAAAUUGUAAUCAAUUUAGAGACGGAUGGAGUAUAUAAAUUCAGAAAUGGUUUUCAUCAUUUAUAAGGUCCAGCAUGUUAGGUUAAAGAAAAUGACACCACACAUUUUGACACCUAAGAGCAUUUACACUGGCGUGUUUGGAGAGAUGCCACGCUGGCAGAUCAGCAAGGAGAAGGAGGUUGCCAUGCGUGGAUACAACAUUCCUCCUCUAUUUGCAAGUCAUGAUCGUGUCAAUGUGUUGCCAUUUGUUUUUUUAAUUUUUUGUAAAAACAGAUUUUUUAAAGGAAUACAUCUUUUUUUAUGAAAAUAGGAUAAGUAAAAUAAUUUUUUAAUAAUAAAAAACGUUUAAAAAGUUUAAAAACUGACAAAAAUAUUGAUUUUUAAAUAAAAUGAUAUUUAAUUUGCAUCGUAAUUCUAAAAUAAUAAUCUAAAUUGAAAUGAAUGAAUAAAUAAAAAUAUGGAGUAGAUAACAAAAAAAAUUUAAAAAUAUAUUCAUGAAAAAAGUAUUUAUUUGAGUAAAUAGAAAUAUUUUCAUUAUAAAAUAUAUAUAUAAGUAAAAUAAUUUUUCAAAUAUGGCAAAAAUAUGAAAAAAGGGAUGAAAACAAUGACUUGCUAUUGCAAGUCAUGCCACUCCACUCGUGUGCCACUCGUUGACUAGACUAUUUUUUAAUGGUUGAAAUGCUCCACGUCAGGGUGUGACAUUCCAUUUUUGUCUCAGCUUCAUGCUCUAAUUGUGAGACACUAUAUCUAUGCAUAAAAUAGUACGGAUUAAUGGAUAAAUUAUCCAACCAGGACGCUGGAUAUAUCCAAUUCUGGAGCAAAUACGUGUCCGCCAUGAAUCGCCUGCUCAGGAUCCCGGCGACGCCGAUCCAGUGGUUCGCCGAUUCGCUCUCAGGGGGCCGUUUCACUCGCCGGAUCUCAGCGAAGCAGGGGGCGGAGUCGCCAUGGGAAUCAGCGGAGGAGGGACUGGUGAGGUGCCCGGCGAACUCCGCCCCGUUGACGCCGAUAAGUUUCCUGGAGAGAGCGGCGAAGGUUCACGGCGGCCGGCCGUCGGUAGUGUACGGGAGGCGCGUGAGGUACAGGUGGGAGCAGAGCUAUGAGAGGUGCCUCAAACUCGCCUCUGCCCUAACUCAGUUGGGCAUUUCUCAUGGUGAUGUGGUUGCAACACUGGCGCCUAAUGUACCAGCAGUUCAAGAGCUGCAUUUUGCAGUGCCAAUGGCUGGUGCUGUCCUCUGUACAUUAAACACUCGCCAUGAUUCAUCAAUGGUGUCCACCCUCUUGGCACAUUCCGAAGCUAAGGUCCUUUUUGUCGACUACCCCCUCCUCCCGGUCGCCCGAGGGGCGGUCCGUCGCCUAGUAGACGACGCCGAAAGCGAACCGCCACUUCUCGUGUCGAUAGUCGACCCCGAAGAAGACUCGGGGUUCGAUUCCCGGGUCCCCGAGCUCGAGUAUGAGGCGUUCUUGGAGAGUGGGGAUAGCGGGUUUGAGAUACGGUGGCCGAGGAGCGAGUGGGACCCGAUUAGUGUGAACUAUACAUCGGGCACGACUUCGAGGCCGAAAGGCGUUGUGUAUAACCAUAGGGGGGCGUUUCUGAACACGAUCGCUACCGCUUUCGUUCACGAGAUGAGCUUUAUGCCGGUUUAUCUUUGGACGGUCCCCAUGUUCCACUGCAACGGGUGGAACAUGGUCUGGGGCGUUGCUGCUCUGGGUGGCACUAACGUGUGCCUAAGGCGUUUUGGCCCCAAUGACAUUUUUGACAACAUUGCCCGCCAUAAGGUCACUCACAUGGGGGCCGCACCGACCGUGUUGAACAUGAUGGUCAACUUGCCGCUAGGUGACCGAAAACCGCUCCCUCACACAGUUAAAGUCAUGACGGGUGGUUCGCCGCCGCCUCCGCAACUCCUCUCCAAAAUGGAAGAGAUGGGAUUCAAUUUGGUUCACAUAUACGGGCUAACCGAGACCUACGGCCCGAGUACUUUCUGCAUGCACCAGCCCGAGUGGGACACCUUGCCGCCCGAAGAACGACAAAAGACAAAAGCGAGACAAGGGGUGGCCCACUUUUGCCUCCAAGACGUGGACGUGAGAGACCCCGUCACUACAAAAAGCGUCCCCGCGGACGGUAAGACCAUGGGGGAAGUGAUGUUCAGGGGGAACACUGUGAUGUCCGGGUAUCUGAAGGACCGAAAAGCCACUGAUGAAGCGUUCAGGGACGGGUGGUUUCACAGUGGCGAUCUGGGUGUAAAACACCCAGACGGAUACUUGGAAGUCAAGGACAGGUCAAAGGACAUCAUAAUAUCGGGGGGCGAAAACAUAUGUAGCGUCGAAGUGGAGAGCGUUCUGUACGACCAUCCGGCGGUCCUUGAAGCGGGAGUGGUCGGGAGGCCGGACCGGAUUUGGGGGGAGACGCCGUGCGCCUUCGUGAAGGCGAAAGAGGGAUUUGAGGUUGAAGAGAGUGAGCUUAAGAGCUUUUGUAGGGAACGCUUGCCUCAUUAUAUGGCACCUCGGACAAUUGUGUUUGGGGAUUUGCCAAAGACUUCCACAGGGAAGAUGCAAAAGUAUGUUUUGAGGGAGAAAGCCAAGGCAUUGGGCAGUCUUUGUUGAUUAAUACGGAUUAAUUGUCUAAUUCAAAUGCUUGUCAUUGAAUGACUAUUUGGAAAUUGGAAUAAUGAAAUUGUUGUAAAAAAAUUUGUAAAGAAUUGUUAAAUAAUGUAAUUAUUUUUUCAUCAACAAUGUUGUUACUCCCUCCGGUCAACUUUGACUAGGCCCUAGGUUCUGUUUUAAAGUAAUUUUUUGAUACAUCAAAAAUAAAUAAAUGUCCAUAUAUACGUUAUGUUUAUAUUUAUUUGAGUAAAUUUCAUAAAUGAUUUUUAGUUAU